GGCGGGCAGGCUGCCCCGCUCCCUCCCCGGCCCCCUCCUCCGGCUCUUUGAUUUUUUUUUUUUUGUUUUUUUUUUUCCCUUCCCUCACAUGUGGGCAGAGCCCCUCUCGCCCUACGAGCAGGGGCUGCAGCUGGCGGCAGCCCCCACUACUUGUUGUUUGUGGGUUUGGUGCCGGGAGUACCGGGAGGAGGGACGGGGGAGGCGCAUGGCUGGGAGGGGAGCGGUAUAUGCUGCUCCUCGCCGGAGCCACGCUCCAGACAGGCCACCGCUUCGGAGCGAGCCCGGGAAUCCUCCCUCCGCCAGGAGUUGCAGUUCGUCUCCGAUCCCCUUGGGAUUUAAACCUUCUUGCCUAUCUAUCUGUCUUUUUUUUUUUUUUUUUUUGUCCUUCCUCCUCCUCCUCUCUUCUUCUCCCGUGCAAAGUGGAGAAGGAACUGCACCGAGGCAGAUCUUGCAAUACUGCUCCGAUCUAUCACUGCUAUUCUUCGUAAUUAAUUAUUAUUUUUAACCUCACCCCAGCCGGGGAGGGAAGCGGGACCGUUCUGAGCAAGAGAAACAUUGCGAUCCGUAUCAAUAAAGAUUUUUUAAAUUUUUUUUUUCUUCCCCCUUUUUGAGAAAGGGGGAGAGGGUGGAGGGCAAGCACAGCGGGGUGGGGGAGAAGCCGGCAAAUCGAGCAAAUCCCUCAGUCCCGGCGCGGAGCGGGAGGCCGCGGCGGCGGGGGGAGGCGGGCCCCAGCGCCGCCCGCCGCGAGGGGGGCCAGCCGCCCCAGACAGGUGAUGGGCGUUUCGGCUGCGCUCCGGAUCGACUCCUUGGGUUUCACUUUGGUCUGAUCUAAGCAAAUAUGCAGAAGUACCGGCUGGUCUAGUCCUAAGAGCCAAGAGGAGCGAGCGAGAGCAGCAGAAAGGAGAGCGGCCACGCUCCCGUAGCGAGGGGAACAUACAAACAGCGGCAGCGCCGUAAUUAAUCCACCGCCGCCCCGAGGCAGCCCCGACCCACCCUGGAUGCGGAGGACCCCCGAGCCACCCCGCUGCCUUUCCCCUGAGGGAUGGUACUGAAUUUCUGCGCGGCAGGAGCCGGCCUGCAGCUCCUCUCCAUCAGCGUUGCCUUCCCUCCGUGUCUAAAGUGCACUAGACCGCGAUGAGGACCUGGGCUUGCGUUUUGCUGAUAGGUUUUGGCUACCUGUCCUUUACCUUCUCCGAGGAGGCCGAGAUCCCGCAGGAGCUCAUCGAGCGGCUGGCGCACAGCGAGAUCCACAGCAUCCGCGACUUGCAGCGCCUCCUGGAGAUUGACUCCGUAGGAUAUGAUGAUGUUUCAGAAACAAACUUGAGAUCUUAUAGUGUUCAUUCUGCUAAACAUGCGCAAGAGAAUCGUCCUGUGCCCAUUCGCAGAAAAAGAAGCAUUGAGGAAGCUAUCCCGGCUGUCUGCAAAACACGGACGGUUAUUUACGAGAUACCUCGGAGUCAGAUUGAUCCCACCUCUGCCAACUUCCUGAUAUGGCCGCCCUGCGUGGAGGUGAAACGUUGCACUGGCUGUUGCAACACCAGCAGUGUGAAAUGCCAGCCAUCGCGGAUACAUCACAGAAGUGUCAAGGUGGCAAAAGUGGAAUAUGUUAGAAAAAAGCCAAAAUUAAAAGAAGUUCUGGUGAGAUUAGAAGAGCAUAUGGAAUGCACCUGUACAUCAUCAAAUACUAAUUCAGAUUAUAGAGAAGAAGAAACUGGCGAGACCGAGGCAUGGAGAAAUGACUGUGCAAGGUCACACAGCAAGGCUAUGGCAGAACCAGGGAUAGGACUCAGAUCUGAGUGCUCAUCCAGUGCCCUAAAUCACACGACCAUCUUCCCUUUCCAAGAAUGAAUCCUUGCACCCUUAGAGCUAAAUACUGAAAAGAUUGAGGGGGCGAAGCAAGACAUAAAUUCAAGAUAUCCCCUGUCUGACCACAAGAAAGAAGACUGUUCACAGAGGGUCUGUGGGUGAAGUGCUGAGUGGCCUCAGCUCCCUUUGGGGAUGAACUCAAACUUGUAGACCUCAGUGAAGCAUCAAGAGCUCGCCAGAAUUGCCUGACAUCCCUAGCUGUGAUUUUUUUCAGUAGUCUAAGCAAUUUGGGCAUCCAAUUUUAAUUCAUUUUUACAAGACUUUCAAGAAGCCUCAGUUGGCUUCAGAAUGCCUCUGUCUUUGUUCUGCAGAGAGACUAAUUUUGACCCAGGGAUGUCACCAUGAGUGUUGCCUUCCUUCUCUGGGUAGCAGCACUCAAACCUUAAGUUUGCUUUCUGCUGUUUGGUGUAGGUGUUACCCAGCAGUGACUUUUCAAGUGCCUGUUGCAUGCCCCGUUCGCUGCUGGGACAGCCUGAUGUUUCAGGUGGGGAGUCCGCCUUACUCCAGCCAUGCUUCACCUUUUCCUUAGCACUUUGGCUUUACAUAUCUGUUCUAUAUAAGGGUGGUGCUGGUUCAAGCUGAAGACCAGGGAAGUUUCGAGAGGUCAGGUUUUCUGCUAUGGGCCCUGUUCUGCUGGAGCCUGUUGCCCGGCUGUGUCAGCUGUGUGGGGCCAGAGAAGGAGGGAGAGAUGCUGCAGCACGUCAAGGAAGCCAAGAUAUGUCUUCUCGUGCUCAAACAGUCCUGCCUGAAGACACAUCCUCCCUGGCUGCCACUAAGCACUGCAGUUUCCCCCUUUCCCCCUUGCCUUGAGGGCUGAUGUUUCCCUGAUGCCAACAUGUCCCUCAUGCAGAGGAAGGUCUCAUGCUGCAUUGUGUGACUGAGAGAUGUAUCUACUCGACAGCAAGAUUCCCAUGCAGACUGAGGGCUCUGUGCUCAUGCACUUGGGAGUGAAGACAUUUCUUGGUCCAAACACACCCACAGUAAAGUAAGAUGCUCAGAGGUCUCUUUGGAGCCAGGAAGCUACUAAAAAAUGUGUUCAGGAUCUGAAUUCCCCUUGAAUGCAGUGGGUUUCCACAACAAAAAUGACAGAAGCAAUUUAUCCCAGAUAGAGUGGUUUCUUCAACAGGCCAUGUAUGAGUCCUGCAGGUUAAUGCUCAGCUUGCAUACUUCACCGAUUGCCACAAAUACUGCUUUUAAAUCAAAUUGUCACUAUUUAUUGAGGGAUAUGUUUCUCUUACAUGUGCUUCAGAAGAGCUUGCGUAACAGCUUGUGUCCAUUUGUUGUGCAGAGCCUGCUGGCUGAUCCAGAACGGUUAGGCUAUGUCUGCAUACCUAAUAGGGGUUUGGGGACCUUGCAGCUGCAGUUAGCGAGUGCAAAUGUUUCCCAUUAGCUCCCAGCAUUCCCCUAAGUUGUGAUUCAGCAAGACAGUCAGUGGAAGGCUGAACUUGAGGCAUGUGAGAUGUUUCUUUGAUGUUACUCUUGCUUAAAGUUAGGCAUGAUCUGAGUUGGCUUGCUAAGCUGAGGCCCUGAAGAGCCUACUGGCUAAGCAGUGUAAGCUUAGUCUUUUCCUCUUAUGCAUUGCCUGGAGUGAUGUUAGUUUCAGAAGCGUUUUGCAGCCUUUCAGUAAACUAUUCCAUAGCAUUGAGGGAAGGCUUUAACUCUUCAGUGGCUUUGUACCAGCAAGCUCAGCUACACUAGAAAGCCUAUAGCAAUGCUUGCCCUCUCUGGGCCUCUAAGGUCUCUUCCUUCCUUAUUUUCUUCAGCAUGUUUCUUUUCUAAAGCAAGUGAAAAAAAAAAAGUACCUUAAAAAGGUGGGAAAUUAAGCAGAUCAUAUCAUCUUGAUUCCUUUAUCUCACUUAAUUAAGGAGAAGUUUGCCAAUAGUGAUCUGGUAUUUCCUAAAACAAGCAUACACGAAGAACACUUUGAGAAACUUCAAAAGAAUUUUCAGGCUAGAUCAGGAAAAGAUAAAACCAGAAGUGGAAACUUCUAAUACACUUUAUAGCUCAUUACUUACAGGAAGUACAUUGUUGCAUAGGAUACUAAUGACUUCUGCAGGAUGAGGUUUGCAAAAGAAAAAAAAGGCACCUUCUGUAUCUUAGAGGAAGAGUCUCAGGGCUUUUGCAGUUACCAUGGAUAAUGCAGUGGAUGUGUAUGGUCAUAUCACCAGAAAAGAGUCUACCUCUGGGAAAAGGCUUUUGAAAGUUUCAAGUGUGUACACUAUUGAGUUUAUGUAGCAACUUCCUAGUCUAGCUGCGAAAAGUGAUAAAGGGAAUGCUAAAAGUUUAUCUUGUUUUCAGUUGCCCUGUUCUACACCCUAGAAGGCAGAAAUACUGCACUGCAUCUUACCUAGCUGCAGGGAGGACAGCAGGAAUACAUUUGAAUGACUAAGGAUGAACACGGUAAAGUCGAUGCCGAUGUUCUCAAUCAGGUAGUGAGGCUGGCAAAGUGAGAAUAGCAAAAUGGAUACUCAGAUUUACCAGUGACACUUGUCUGGAGAAUUAAUAUUUGACAGACUCUUAAUUAGCUCAAUUGAAGAAGUAAUCCUAAAAUCCUGGUUUUGGACAAGGGCCUGAAUCCCAAGCUACUGGAUUUGCUGUUAGUGAGUUGGUGCUCUCAGAAGUGUCGUGAAACAGGAAUAUUUCAUAUUUGUAAAGCACCCAGAGAUCCUACGGAUGACAAGUAAUAAUUUUCUACUGUUUAAAGAGUUCCCUGGUGCAAGCAGGCCCCUCGAUGGUGACUAGAGAGCUGAGGGGAUGUGCCCCAGGCUCAGCUCAUGUUUUCAAGUCCAGACGUGCUGUCCCCAAGUUAGCACCAGCCAGUGUUGGGUGCACGUCUAUCACGUGCAGAGUAUUGCGCACAUGCCGCUUACCUUGCUGUUCUUCACCACGGGAGAUGUGUCCACCUGCCAGCUCUUGUAUUUCGCUCAGAUUGUAAGGAUAGCUUUGCUGUUAUGUGUGAACAUACUGUAGGCGGCAAGGCAUUCCCAUCAAGACCGAAGCGCACGGGUAGUGAGGCUUGAACAUUUUUUUCUUAUGUACAGGCAAGAUACUUAAAUAUCGGGUUGGUUGCUCUUUGUAUCUUUAGGCACCCAGUACUUCUAAACUUGUGGUCUCUGGAAGGCUAUGUUACUGAAAAUCAAGAGGCGAUUGCCCUUCUGAAAGUUUCUACUCAUGCUUGCAAGUGAGAUUUGGACUCCUAAGUCACAAAGAUGCUUUUGCAAAUGUUGUAUCUGUCUGUCUGCUUCUCUAUAAAUCAACCUGCUUGGCCUGAACUGAAUGUUUAAAUAAACAGCUGAAAGACAGUCUGAUUGCUUCUUUCUGAGUGUUUCCCUUAUGGAGCGCUUGGGGUCACAUGGCAUCUGCUCUGACCUUAAGGACCUGCUUUCUGGAGGCUUUUUUACGAUGCUAACAAACCCCACAUUUUAACUAGCUGUUAAAUAAGCCAGUCAGUGGUAACUAUUCAGGACAGGGUUUAGAAGAGUAUUCUUACUGGGAUACAAGAUGGCUCUGUCCAUGUGCUGGCCAGGGAUGAAGGGCUGGAAAACUGUGUGGUGGAAGAGACGAUUAAUGUGAUUUUCCACAACUUUCCUUGCAGCUGCAUUUUUGAGGAGAGAGAGAGAGAGAGAUGGCUAGGCUUGCAGUAACAUGUUGUGCCGUCAUAAAUGCUACAGCCACCAUCUGUUUCCAGCCCACGACUUGAAAGAAAACUGAGCAGUAAUCUCAUAAUUCACAUGAGCAUUUUACACUUGUGAACCCUUCCCAACCUUUGUCUAAUAAUGAAGGGAGUGCAUGGUGCUAAGGUUUGUAUUUUUCCUGCACGUAUUAGUGUUUAUUUGUAUGUCUCUUUCUGUUUUGUUGGGUUUUUUUUCCACGGGCCCAUGAAAAAAAUUUCUCUGGGAGGAAAAUCGGACCAGUUCCAUGGUCAAAAGAAACAUAAUAAAGGUAAAAUCCCAAUUCCAUUGAACUUGCUGGCAAAAUUCUCCAGGAGGAGGUGCAUUUAACAUUCCUCGCUGUGUCUGUCUUAGUUACUUGUUGGUUAAAAGAAAGAAAGACAUUAGAAAGUGAAGAGGUGGGUUGCUGAACUGCCCUUUCCCUGCAGAAACAGAGCUGCUAGAAUAGCUGGACAUGCGCAUUUUAAACCCGCACCAUCAGAUAGGAUGGUAAUGGUAGGUUGGAUUUUAAUGAAAACAAAUUCUUCUGCUAAUCUUCGCUUCGGGCUGGCCCUCCUUGGGAUUAAGGAUACCACCUGCUGUGCCAAAGACUUGCUCAGGUUCGAGGCUGCUGGUGGGUGGGAAGAACACAAACAUCUGAGAGUGACUCUGGUGAGCGAUUGCAGUCUGUCCUGUUGCGGUGCCCUCAGGGAAGCCAAAGAGUUCAGAUCAUUUAGUUGAUGGAAAUACUGCUCCCCUCCAGCCUGCAAAGCAAGGCUAGCAUCAGUAAGGAUUUCUUUUUGACUGUUCUGCAAAACCAAGGGCUGCUGUUUCUCUGGGCCUCCUCUCGUCUUUGGACCCAAUUUGCACGCUUCCUCCUAGCACGGCCGAACUGGCUGAAUGAACUCCUGCUCUCCUCUGGCCUUAGAAAGAAUGACUUCAUCAUCUCGACCAGACUGCAGAGCAGUUUAAGGAUGAAAGGGCUUCUCAUUUUAUAUAUCCCACUGCUGCUAGAACUAUAAAUCCUUGAUGGACUGAGUUUAUAGCAAACUGCUACUGCAAGCAAGUGAAAUUUAUUUUGUCUUGUCAUAUGUAUGGUCAAACUGUCCAAGCAGUUGCCAACCAACUGAGCUGCUGAUGGGCGACCCAUUCAAUCUCUUCUCAUUUUAUUUAAAAAUAAUAAAUAACUACCAAUCAAAGAAACUUAUUUUGACAUGUGCUACCUGUUGGGUGAUCCUCAGUACCUCCAAGAUGUGUCCAUAAGUGGAAGAAUGCUGCCAGCUGUUGCCAAGUCCAGCAGACAUGACAUGAAGUUCCACCAAGAAAAGGUUUGUGGGCUCAUUAGGGUUGGGGACAUGUUAACGGCCACCUCCUUUUUUAGUACUUCUUGCUGUUCUGAAUGUGUUUGGUCAGGUAGCAAGGGUGCACAGAGGCCACAUCCAACCACGUAGACCUCUGCUUGAAUCAGUGACAAAGCUUCGUUGACCUGUAUGUGGCAGUGGUCCUUUUUCUGUCUUGCAGUUUGAUCAAAGAUGGAUUGUUGGUGGAUCUUUGGGGUCUAGAAAGCUGUCCUGUGUCUAUUUUGGUGCCUUGUGAUGGUAGAUGAGCUAAAAAGGAGAUAGUAGCAACUCUUCAAGCUGAUGGAGUCGGAAUCACAUAUAUUUCUGUAUCAUUUUCUUACAGAGUGAAAAAGCCUGAAAAGUUACCUUAUUUUUAUUUUUUACCCAGGCUAAUUAAUUAUAGCUGGGGGUGUUGGGAGCUGUCGUAUUAAACGGCCUUUCCCCGCUUACUCCUCUUGUCCUGCCGAAUUCAAUCUCUGCAGCCUCCCACCCCCGCAUCUGUAGUUUAUGGUCACAUCUGGAGUGUCUGCCCUGCACACGUGCUGGUAGGAGCCUUCUGCCCGCUGGCACACACAUCGUGGCCUUUGGUGUCCAUGGAGUCACAAGCAUCUUUCCCGACACUUGUUUUUGUGUGAAAAGGAGAGUGAGAGGGGGCACGGGAAGAGCAACGGCAGGGAAGGCCUCUGACAUGAAAUUCCCAGGAACAGGAUUUGCACAUUUUAUGACCGUUCAGAUGGAAAUGCAAUGGAGCUGAAUUACUCCUCCUUAAUCCUGCUUUCUCACUUUCCUCCCAGCAGCCUCCUCCCCUUGAGCUUAGGUAAUACAGAAGCUUAUAAACAAAUCCCACCGCGUGAAAAAUAGCAAAGGGGGGGAAAAAAAGGACCUGGGUUAGGGCUAUGAUGGAUAGACAGGUGGAAGGCAGGCACCAGAAGGGAGGAUGAAUGGUAAAAGCCUUUGAUGGAAACACUAAAGAGCUAUUGAAAAUCCAAGGGGUGGGGGGAGGGAGGAGAAAGAAUAGCAGGAGGAGGGAAAGCAAGGGAGCCGUGCCCCCCUUCCCCCCCGCCCUCUUUCUCAGGAUGUUGAAAGUAUUUGUCCUUCGUUACAAAAUGAUUGAACUGCCGCCAGGCCAGGCCACCCUUCCAGCCAUUGCACUGGGAAACUGGCACUUCUGAAAGCCUCGUCGCCUCUCAAAUUUUAUAGCUUUCCCUUUUUGUGGGAGUUUUUGUGUUGUGCUACUUGCAGGAUUGUUUUCAGAUUUGCCGCGUAUCAAAGAAACUAUAUUUUGUUGCUCUGACAAACACGGAAUCCAGGUAAUGAAAGGAAGAAUUAAAAAAUAAAGGCCCAUUUUUAUCAGAA